AUGGCUGCCUGGGCGUAUCCUUCUCUAGCGCCUGAUCAGCUAAAGGAGAAGGAGGAGGAGUCGUUGUCUCGAGAGCUGCAAUGGCUGCUAAACUCCUUACAAGGGACUCUAGCCUCCUUGAGAGAAGGCCUACAGGAAUGCUAUACUCUACUCACGCCGAAUGAGAACGGGUCUACACUCGUCCUUUCGUCAAUGCGGUCAGAAUGCGUGAAGGGGUUUGUGACGAGGGCGGGCUCAAAGAUUGUUAAAGGGGAUGUCCAACUCCGUUUAAAUUCACUACCUCCCCCACGCGGCUCCCCUUCAACUCGACUGAGUAUUUCAACCGACCCGGCAGCCCCAGAACUAGUUCUCAACCAGCUUUCAUCUGUUCGCCGCCUAAUAAAUGAUAGCCUUGAUAUCGUUGAUAUUAGCACAUAUACGGGGGAUUCAAAGAAUGCGAAUUUUAUAUCUGGCCAAUUAAGGCUUCUAGGCGAUAAUUUGGCUGAAGCAAGGCAAACUUUGAAAGGAGAUGGAGAAGGCAUUAAGCAACCUUGGUUUGAGGACAGUGCCCAUGAGAAUAGCUUCGACCCACCACUCCCGCCUCACCUCUCAUUCCAUCUCUCAAUUUCAGAUGCAGCUCUCGUAUUGUAUCUUCGCACGCUUGAACCCACCUCGGCAGAUAGUGCUCCGGCCGCAACGUUCACCCCUGACCUUUCUUUAGGCGGAUUUUCUUUACGAGAUCGGCUGUUUGGCUCGAAGCAACCGACCCAUGAUGAAACUGGAGAUGUAUUUCAGUGGCAUGGCGAAGAAGUAAGGGUCCAAGAGAAAGUCAGGGUUGAAAGCCAGGAUCCCAGUCUUUUAUCUGCCAUGGCUAAAAUCGCCGCCCUUGAACAUGAGGUUGCAAGGUGGAGAGAAGCCCUGUCGAUCCUUAUGGGAGACGAGAGCGACUGA